AUGGAGGUUAAAGACCAAGUACUAACAUGUCCUAUCUGUGCAGAUGUCUUUACAAAACCCAUACGUCUUCCUUGUGGACACAACUUCUGCUGGUCCUGCAUCCGUAUCGUUUGGAAUGAGGAUGAUGAUGAUGAUGAUAACGACUCAGAGGCAGGGCUGCGAUUCUGUCCUGAAUGUCAGAUCUUCCUUUCACCUGACCUGAAGCUUGAAAUCAACACAGAUCUGGAGGAUAAGGUACAGCAUGCCAGCAUGUGUGGACACAUGAGUGAAGAGACUGCAUUAAUGUCUUCUUCACUUAUCACGUGUGAUCAGUGCAUUGGGAGAUCUUCGGUGGCUGUGAAAAGCUGUCUGAACUGUGAUGCUUCAUUGUGCUCAGUUCACACUCUCCAUCAUCAGUACAGGGAACGGCUGAGAGGACACACACUUAUCGAACUGACCCAAGAUCCACUGUCCUAUAAGUGUCAGGAACAUGGAGAGGAGCAGAAGUUGUUUUGCCAGGAUGACCAGGCUGCCGUGUGCUGUCUUUGUGUGGUGUUCGGGACACACAAGAGUCACCGGAUCAUCCAGCUGCAAGAAGCCUGCUCGGAUUUCAAGAAAGCACUGGAGGAAAGAGAUGCAAAGCUCCUGAAGAACAGACACCAGGCUGAGUGUGCAUUACAGGACCUGCAGCGACUGGUUUCAGAGACAUCUGCUUUGGCUAACACCUCCAGAGUCAAAAUAGCAGAAACAUACAGCCACAUAAAAGACUUGAUUGUAAAGGAUGAACAGCUGAUGAUGGAUAUUAUAGAAAUGGAGGAACGUUACACCAUUAAGUGGUUAGAGUCUAAGAAAGAGGAUUUGGAGCAGCAAAUAACAAACAUGGAUUCUUCAUUAAGAGAAAGCAAAUCUCUCCUCCAAGAAAAUGAUCAGUUAAAGCUCCUCAAGCAUCUUAAAAGGCAGACAUUUUGGCCAAAAUUGAAAUCAACAGCACUGCCAUCAGUGGACACACACUCACACAGGAUGGAAACAGUACAACAGCUGGCUGAAAGUUUUUAUACAGCUGUAUUCCAAAUCACAAGCCGACCGUGGGCAAAUAUGAAGGCAAUACAUUUAGAUGCAGGUACAGCACACCCUAAUCUGGAAGUUUCCGCAGACCAACUGGAGGUUCGCUGGAGCAAACAGAACAGGAAGGAAAGCAAAGACACAGAACACAUCAGCACUGAGUACAGUAUCCUGGCCAAGGAGUCAUUCUUCAGUGCAUGUCAUUACUGGGAAACUGCAGUCUGGGAGAAACCAUACUGGCUAAUUGGUCUGUCAUAUGGGUCCAAUAUGCAGGCAGGAGAGAAGAAUGCAGCUCCUGACUGUAUCUGCUUGAACAAGACAUUCUGCUACAUCUAUCAUGGAAAUGGAAGAUAUCUUGUAUGUAAUGGCUCUGAGGAAACAAUGCUAGCAAUUGACAAGAAGAUCCAGAAAGUUGGGGUCUAUGUGGAAAUUGAGAAAGGAACAGUAUCUUUCUAUGAUGCAGACACAAUGACAUUGCUCCAUUUGUUUGCAGUAGAAUUUCUGGGUCCAGUGAGACCUUUAUUUAACCCUUGUCUUUGUUUAAACGAGCAAAACGCACAAGCUCUCAUCUUAUUAAACCAGAGAGGCCAAAAUGAGGUCUUAUAAAUUAUACAAUCAUAAAACAGUAUAAUGCAAAUGCAUGUUUUUUCCGUCAUAAUGCACCAUUGGUAUAUAACAGCUUGCAGAUAUGAACAUUGUGUGAGUCCAGUACAAGUUAUGGAACAUAUAUAAACAUAUUUCUUCUAUAUACUGAAUUUAAGUUCAUAAUUCAAUUUGUUAAUAUUUUUAAUAUGAUGCAAUGUUUAUAUACCUUCAUUUCAGGGAUAGAUGAGAAAAUAUACUAAGUACCAUCUGUACAAAUAAACUGCUAAGUAUUCCAUGCUCUGGUAUUUUGUGUGGAUACUAAACAGUAGUAGAAGCAGUGGUGGGAAGAAAUUGUUAUUUAACCAUCAUUACAGAUUUUGCCAUAUUAACACUGUAGCCACUAAAUAACGUUAGGACAUUUCCACAAUUUUUUUUUUUGUCUUUCUGCAGCAGACCAUCAGCAUUUCGAUAAGCAUCAUUCUAUCCCUAGAGUAUAGCUGCCUAAUUGCUUUCAUAUGUAAACAGGAAACUGAUUAGUAUAAUCGACUCAUUCUGGCAGCCAACAAAAUAUGAUUAAACAAACAAAGAAACGUGCUCAUUUAAUGUCUGGCUUGGUUAAGUAUGGAAUUAUCAUUAUAAAUUGUUGACCUUUUAGAACCUUUAUAGUGCAAUUGCUGCCCAAAAUAUUCUUUGACAUGUUUAUAAUCUGCUAUGCUGUUCGUGCAUUAUGUUGUUUGUGCAGAUUUGGAACUAUUAUAAAAAUUUACUAUUAAAAUUCAAGUAGAUUUUUUCACCAUGUGCCCCCAAAUCCUUUAGCGACACCUCUAGUUAAACAAUGUUGAACUCGUCUCUCUUUUUAGAGCUCUACAUAGGCAGCUGUUAAGCUAUACAAAUAUCCUAAAAUUUGGAUACUAGGUGAUAUCAGUUCACUUCGCAUGACCUAUUUAAUCUUGCUUGCAAGCACUGCAGCUAAAAAAUGCAUACUUAAAAACUGGAAAUCUGCGAACCCCCCCCCAGAGCAAAAACACUGGAUUAAUGAGCCUGUAUCUUAUAGUACCCCUGAGAAAAUAUUAUAUUCUGUAUCCCACAGAUUUUGACUAUAUUUGGGCCCCUUUUCUUGAUGCACUACCUUUGUUAGGCUUUAAUGAUUGACCAGGUUGUAUAUUCAUUGUUGUGUGUAUUUUUUCCUUUCUCUUAUUUUCUUGCUUCAUCUGCGGACAUUUUUGCUUCCAUUUAUUAUUAUCGUUAAUUAUUGUGUAAUUC